UUAGUAGUCCCAUUUGCACCACCACCCACUACUACUAACUCCAAUCUCCCUAUCCAUGUAUCCCUCUUCCUCUUCCUCCUCCUCCUCCUCUUCCUCUCAGUCCAUGACCCAAGCUGGCCUCACUCGCUACGGUUCCGCCCCCGGUUCUCUUCUCACCAGCACGGUUGAUUCUCUUAUUGGUGGAUCCCGUCCCAGUCCCUACUUUUCCGGAGAGUCUUCUGAGUCUCCCUGCAAAGAGCAAAGAUCUUUCCACAACCACCCCCCCUCCUUCGCUUCCUCCUUGCUCCGCCAGAAAAGCUCUCCCGCCGGCUUCCUUUCCCAUCUCUCCAAUCACCAUGGUGUGGGUUUCACCAUCACCCCCGGUGGUUUAUCAAAUUCAAAUUCAAAUUCAAAUUGUUCUCUCUUGAAGUCUCAACUCAGCUUCACCCACGAAUCUCUUUCCAACACUGUUAAUGUUGAUCCCUCCAGCACCACCUUCGGAAUGGAUCCCUGGGACAACAAUUCCAUCGCCUUUUCUGCAACUUCAACCAAGCGCUCCAAAACCAACACCAAUGAUCCUGACAUUUUACAUUCCCUGAAUUCGGCCUUGGAAUCACAGUUCAAUCUUCCACAUACAAGUCUGGAAAUGUCAACCGUGGACAAGCUAUUGCACAUUCCUGAAGAUUCUGUCCCUUGUAAAAUCCGUGCUAAGCGAGGUUGUGCUACUCAUCCCCGUAGCAUUGCCGAGCGGGAGAGAAGAACAAGGAUCAGUGGCAAGCUCAAGAAAUUACAGGACCUUGUACCCAAUAUGGAUAAGCAAACAAGCUAUGCAGACAUGCUCGAUUUGGCCGUUCAACACAUUAAAGGUCUUCAAACUCAGGUUCAGAAGCUUCACAAAGAAAUGGAGAAUUGCACUUGCGGAUGCAAACAAAGCAAAUAACUUCUUUUUUUUACGAGAUUCUAUAGCAACGUGCAUAGAAGUCAAGGUUUUGAUGGCAAAGAUUGAAAACUGAUUUUGUACCGAUCUACUUAAAUGAAUAAUGAAGGAACUGAAACUUUGUAGGUUGUCAAUGCUACAAUUGUACAGUGUAUGUUGUAAUAUGGUAGUCUAGAAAAAUUUCUUCGUUUUCUUCAAGAAUUGGCUUUCAAAGUCCAGGUUGAUUUUCUAUUCAGAUUGUUUAUUUUCUUGUUUGGGUAAGUAUGGUACAAUGAAAGACUAAUUUUUGGAAUCAGAACCAGAAUAGAAGUGAGAAUGGGGUGAAUUGAAAUCUAUUUUGUUUUA